UCUCAUCUCUGUAAUCGAGCGUCGAGCUGCACGAUCCGCACCUCUGCAAUUAUGCACGUUUCGCGUCGGUGGGGAUUCUCGGUAAACACAGCAGCCCGUGGCACCGUCACACAGUCCCUCCGCAUUCCCCACAGGUCGUCAGCUUGUGUGGAGCAGCAGCAGCGGCAGAAGCAGCAGCAGCAGGCGGACUGGCUCGUUGUUUACCAAAAAUGACUCGAUAUGGCUGCAGCAGCUUCCACCGCACGGUUCUGCGAGCGAUGCUGGAAACUAUAAGCAGCUGAGACGAGAGCGAGACGAAAAUCAUCUUAAUGAAAGUCAUACGUGGGGUUGGGUGGCCAUGGACCCAUUCAGCCAGCUUAUCCUCACCAUCUCGGUGACCAGCUUCCUCACCUUCCAGUGGCUCUUCCACAAAGUCAGCCCCUGGAUGUCCAUACGCAUCAGUCCAGGCUUCCUCGGCCUCAGUGACAAGCAGAAGGUGGAAUGGAACUCAAGGACGGUGUCGACAUUUCAUGCACUGUUGGUGGGAAUAUUCUGUCUCUACAUCCUGUUCUUUGAUGAUGCCGUCAAUGAAGACCCAGUCUGGGGAGAUCCUACACUGGUGAAGACUAAUGUUGCCAUCACAACAGGCUACCUCAUAUCUGAUCUGCUGCUAAUAUUUUACUAUUGGAAGGCGAUAGGCGACAAGUUUUUUGUAGUUCACCAUCUGGCAGCGUUGUAUGCUUACUACUAUGUACUGGGCCAAGGAAUGUUGCCUUAUUUUGCUAACUUCCGUCUGCUUGCUGAGUUUUCUACACCAUGUGUGAACCAGCGCUGGUUCUUUGAGGUACUAGGUUAUCCCAAGUCGUCCCGGCCCAACAUGGCGAAUGGCGUUGCCAUGGCAGUAGUCUUUUUCAUGGUCCGCAUCGCCGUCAUGCCAGUCUACUACAGUCGCAUGUAUGCAGUCUACGGCACCGAGGCCUUCUACCUGGUGCCCUGGGGUGGCCGUGUAGCCUGGAUCUGCUCCAGUAUCUGCUUGGACAUCAUGAACGUUAUGUGGAUGCAUAAGAUUGCCCGUGGUUGCUACAGGGUGCUGCGCUCAGCACGCCAGAGCAAAGCUGGCACACCUCAGGAGAACGGGAAGACGGAUUAAGGGAACCAGGGUGUCAGUGGUGAGAAAAUGCCACAACCACAAUCUCAGUGCAUUGAUGAGUAGCAGUUUGGACCCUUGCAUGUCAGGCUGCUUCAGUAGCAGCACAUCGUGGACUUGACAUUAAAGGACCGAAUGUAAUGAGGGAAAAUGAGAUUUUUUUUUUUUCUUUGGGAACCAGGUGCAGUCACUGAGAUGUACUGAUGGACCAUUUAACUGGCCAUCCCUAAGCCAUGAAAUAUGACCUCUCAGCAAUACUCUGUGUGCAUGGCCAAUUAUUUUUCUCUUGAACAAUUUACCACUAUAAAAAGAGGUCAUCCUGGGACAAAACGGACUGUUAGCCCAGCCACAAAUUGUCAAAAAGUUUACCGUUCUUUACAUACUUAGUGCUCAACAGAAGACUUUUUCUUUUUGUAUUAAUACUGCUGCCUGAGUUGCAGAAUAACAAAAAAAAAGGGAAAAAAUGAAAUAAAAGUUAAUGUUGAUGAUGAAGCAAAGAUUUGAAGGAAUCUCCAAAACAUUCAGUGAUUCCACAUUGAUGGUCAUCGUCACAAAAUCACUGUCAGACGCCUGUCGAGAGGUGGAGACGCAGACAGAUCCCAUUAAGUGCAAAGAAAGAGGUAUGAAUUGUAUCACUCACCUGCUGUCAUUUGAUUAAGAGGUUUAUUAAAGAAGUCAGUCUUUUAAAAAAAACAUGUUUAUUGGAAUAUCACAAGUCUCGGUUGCAUCUGCAUGGUUAUUUUAAAUAAUGUAGGGUUGAGCAGGCAUCGGUGUCAGUAUGUCGUUUAUUUCUUUUGUCUUGCUGGGGUCGAGGCAAAGAGUUUUUAAAGACACAAACAAUGUUUUAAUGAAAAGUGAGAUUAAUUUACAGAGUACCUUGGAAAUGUAAAAAAGGGAAACAGAAUGUCUUCAUGGAUGUUAAGCAGUUCAGGAGCAGAAUUUUGAAGUAUCGAGGCCUCAUCUGAUUUGUUCAUCUGCGUGAUUUGUGCAUAACAGUCAUAUACUUCACAAAAUAGGGAAAAAGGUAUCGCACUGCGUAAGCUAAUGUAUGUUGUUGACGCAGUUUUGUCACCAUAUUUAUUUCACAAUGUGCAGUGCAUGUGGAGGGGUGAAACUGGCCUGACAUGACGCAGGUUGGUAUGUAGUCUAGAAAUCUUUUAAAAGAGGUUUAGUAGGAGAUGUUAGCAGGAUUCUGACACUCUUUUCAUCAGUCAUUGACCUGACAUUUAUAAAGCUUUCAUACUUUCUAUUUAUGAUAUCUUUCAAGGCACCAUUUUACCCCACUCGCCAACGAGCUGCAUGCUACGGUGUGUGUUUUACAUGAAGGAAUUUUUUUUCAGCCAGUAAAUUCAAUUCAGCAAAGAAUCUCAGAAGUUGUUUUCUGCAGUUUUUUUUAGUUUUAUGUGAGGUCACAGGUGGUAGUCGGUGUUUCAAAUGGUAUAUGUGGGGGGGGAAAAAAAUGAUUGAUUUUGAAGAUUGUGAUUCAAACAGCUUUUGUUUGCCUCAUGUUAUAUGUGAUUUCCAAUCACCUGAUGUACAUUGUGUUAUUUCGUAUUUAUUCGGUGGGCUGAUAUAGGGUUUGUGUGUUCUUUCUUUCUCUCACAUGGAAAAUUUGUCCAAAUAUACAUGUUCUGAUUGUUUUGGUUGCCAUCGUUCUACUGGCGAAACAGUUUCACGUCAUACAACACAAGUCAGUUCCAAGGUUGUUGUUUUUUUUGUUUUUUUUUUUAAAGACAAAUGUGUCAUUUGUUGGAUUUUAAAGUUCUAAUUCACAGAUGAUUUAUGAUACGUACUUGAAUAUUCAUUGUAGAUGUAUCUUUUACAUGAGCUGUACAUCAAAAGCUUCUGUCAAAUGUUUCGUGACACAAACAGGGAUUGUUUUAAAGUAUGCCUUUUGCUAUGCUCAGCAUUUGAUUUCGUUGCCUUUUUCAAACAACGUAUGAUUGCACAGUGAAUAUUUUUGUUACACCCAACUCCUCACGUCACUGAAAGUUGUUUUUCGGUGAUUUUCUUGUGUGCUCUUCCAUGUCUGAUGCCUGUUUUAAUGUGAUUGUUUGGCAUUUGUAAUAUAGUUGCAAAUGUAAAAGUGAGAGGCUCAGUAAGGCUGGUUUGCUUUGGUGAUUUUUGUUUUGUUAUGCUUUUUAAGAUUUCAGAACUUUCUGUAUUUGUGCCAGUGCUUAAGCCAUUACUAGACUAUGGUAAAUGCAUACAGUGUUGCCAUGGGUUGAUUCUGUUUUGUAUUUGUUGUUUUGCUCUUCUCCCCUUUCCUUUUUCAAAAAAAUACUUUUUAUACAACCGUGCCAAUUUGCAACCAUGAUUUAGUGGUUCUGAAUGAUUCUGUUCUCUGCAUGCUGUGGCGAGUCACAGUAUCACAAGGUUCAGUUUAGUGAUGUGCGUCAGAACAGUGCGAGCGACUCAUUGCAGUUGUACCGUUGAUUACUGGCUGGCAAAAGAAGCAGGAGGAAUUUGACAGCUGAUCACGGGUGGAUGCCAUCUAUGCCACAGGUGAAGAUCACCAUCUCGCAUCCUAGAAAACAGCGACGAGGUGUGUCAAUCGAGUGUUUGUGUCAGGACAGCAGACCACUUCAGGUAGAAUCAGGGUAGGCUGUGUGUGCAAGCUCAUGCAUGGUGAAUAUGGUCUUCUUCAUGCACCUUCUAUAACUGCAUGUGGUAUUGCAUGGGGAUUGCACUGUAAACAAAAUAGCAUAUACAUUUUGCAAGAUGAAUUUUUGUUCUUUGUUUUCUUUUUCUUAGUACAUGUACAUAAUGUUUACUUAAACGUUAUUCUUGUACUGUGCCACAUAAUGUAAUCCACAGAUGAUAACAAUGAUGUGACGGUAACAUCAUAAAGCAGAUAUUUAGUCUAAUAUCCAGCACAGAAAUAAUCAGUAAGGGAAUACUUGAAUACUAAUCAGCACAGUUUAUAACAAUCUGGGCAGUGCAAAUAAACAUUAAUCUUAUGAGCAUCUUGCAUUACAUGUGUACCAUUGUUUUUUUUGUUUGUUUUGUUUUGUUUUUUUAAAUUUAUUAAUCCAAGACAAGCUGACAUGAAACAAAGCAAGUGCCAUGGUAACGGAGAGCCUGGUGCUGCUAUCAGCUUGUGAAACUGGUGUUUCUGUUCCUACUGUUGUUUGGAGGAGAUACAUGAGUAGGUGGAGUGUUUAGUGACAUUCUAUGAAUGUACUGGAGAGGAGAAAAUAUUUGUCAUUUACAUUUUCAUUUAUUCUUGACAAUAAAUACCAAAUUAACUGCU